AUGCAUUUCCCCAGUCGCGCCAAGGACAAGGCCACCGACCCUGUCGAGCCUAUCGAGGCUUCUCGCCAAACUAGCGACGCAGAAAAAGGCGUUCAUACGGACAACCCCCAUGAAAGGGCCACCGACGAAGAAAGCCUUUCCAGCAACGCACAAGCCGGUGUCAAAGCCGUCGAAGCAGCAGCAUCAGUAUGGACAAAAUACCAUCUCAUCGGCGCCUAUGUCAUCAUCUGGUGGAUCUACUUCGUCACCGCCCUCCAAGAAGUCGUCGUCCGCGCCAUGAACCCCUACGUUACCAGUGCCUUCCGUUUACACUCCCUCACAGCCGCCACAGGAAUCAUGUCCUCCAUCAUCGGUGGGCUGUCUAAGAUUCCUUUGGCUAAGCUACUGGACAUGUGGGGUCGACCUCAGGGGCUCUUGCUUUCACUGUGUGUCUGGAUGGUAGGAUACAUCAUGAUGGCUUCAUGUCAGAAUGUGGAGACAUAUGCUGCGGCUCAAGUCUUCUCGUCUACGGGAUCACAAGCGGUAUCCUAUAUCUUGACCGUCUUCAUCGCCGAUACAUCAACCCUCAAGAACCGCGCCCUUAUGCUCUCCUUCGCAACCUCCCCCUACGUAAUCACAACCUGGAUCGGUGGCCCAGUCGCCCAAUCCGUUCUCGCUGGCCCUGGCUGGCGCUGGGCUUUUGGUAUCUUCACCAUAAUCAUCCCUGUCGUCGUCGUUCCCCUCGCCGCUUUGGUCCUCUUCAACGAUCGCAAAGCGCGUAAACAAGGUUUACUCGAGCCACGCCGUAUCGACUGGAGCGCCGCAGCCAUCAAGAAGUUCUGUGUCGAUAUCGAUGCCGUCGGUAUACUGAUCUUAGUAGCGGGCAUGGCACUGUUCCUGUUACCAUUCAGUUUGUACAGCUACCAAGCAGAGAAGUGGAAGAGUCCUAUGAUUAUCGGUAUGAUUGUCGCUGGAUUCGUGCUACUAAUCGCCUUCCCUAUCUGGGAAAGGUUCUUCGCACCCGUCACCUUCAUCCCGUAUAAGUUACUCCUAGACCGAACCGUCUUCCUCGCUGGCAUCAUGUUCGUCUUUGUCUACUUCAACAGCGCGGUUUGGGGAUCAUACUUUGGAUCCAUGCUGCAGGUGGUUUGGAAUCUCAACGUAACCACUGCCAGCUACGUCCAGAGCAUUUACCGCGUUGUAUCCUGCUUUUGGUGCUUGGCGGCUGUUGGACCGGCGAUUAGGAUCACGGGACGGUUCAAGUGGGUUGCCGUGUUCUUUGCGCUGCCGAUUGACAUACUGGCGCUGGGACUAAUGAUUCAUUUCCGUCAGCCGGGGACGUCGGUGGGUUUCAUCGUUAUGACGCAGAUUUUCACAGCUGUCGCUGGAGGUAGCAUCGUUAUCGCCGGUGAGCUGGCUAUGAUGGCGCCUUCAGAUCAUCAGCACAUGGCUGUCAUCAUCGCCGUUCUCAACCUUUUCUGCUCUAUUGGGAGCGCGGUUGGAAGCACAGUCUCAGCGGCCAUCUGGACUGGAACCUUCUACAACAACCUCGUCAAGAACGUUCCGUCUGGUGUCAAUGUUGCGGAAAUCUACGCUUCAUUGCCGAAGCAGCUGUCGUACAAGUGGGGCUCGCCCGAGAGGACUGGCAUCGCACAGUCUUAUGCGGAUUCGCAGCGACUCAUGCUUAUCACAAGUAUUUGCAUGUUAUCGUGCGCUCUCGUUGCGGCUGCGUUCUGGCGCGACAUUAAUGUCAAGAACAUCAAACAGGUCAAAGGACGCGUCGUCUAA